GCUUUGCGCCCGUAGUCCCCAAAUCAGCCCCUCAUGAGGCUUUCUGACGUUCCCGUCGGCCUUAUAUUACACUCGAUAGGACUGUUCUUGGGCAGCACCUACGGGUCACCCCUCGACCCGUGUCAGCUCGUGAUUUAUAGAAGUCAUUAACAGUCAUUAGAAUCGGAUAUAAGUAAGAGGAAGAGUGUCCCAGCCAGAUAUCCGAGGAGGUCUGUGAUGUAAUGAGUGAGCAGACGACCGACUAAGCGAAUUUUUGACUUCUUCUUGAAAUACUUUCUGGCCGAGAGCGCACGAGGCGUGCUUGCUUCAGGGCAGACGGAUCGCAGAACACACUUUGGGUUUUGGUGCCUACAUUACCCCUAAGACUAGAAGAGGCCGCAUAACUAGUCUUUGUUGAGGCAGGGCUUGCGUGGCGGCUGUUGUGGAGUUGAUGGUGUUGAAGCUGCUCAAGCGUGGCAGCAUGGAGGGGGGGGAGCUCACACGUGGGGAAGUACUCUCCCUGCUGGCAAGACUGGCCUUUGCAACUGCUGCUUCCUACUUUACUGUGAAACUUCUGGUGUCAGCUAUGGAUCCAACCUCCAAACAGAAGAAGGAUGCCAAGAGGAAGGCCCAAGAAGUUAUGCAGAGGCUGGGCAUCAAGGAGAAGGUUUCAUUGAGUGAGUAUGAAAUGAUGAUUGCCAGCCAGCUGGUAGAGCCUUCACAAUUGAGCACAUCUUGGAAGGAUGUGGCGGGACUCUCAACUGUCAUCCGGGAGCUCAGGGAGACUCUCAUCCUGCCUAUCCAGCAGCGCACUCGCCUCCAGGGAUCCCGCCUCAUCCAGCCUCCCAAAGGUAUAGCUAGUGCAGUGUACAGAGGACUGCUUGUGUUUUAACACAAACUAAAAAAGGAACUUACACAUAUAUUAAGUAUAUAUAUAUGGUGGUGUGUUGGCAUAUAUAGACAGCAAUACUUUCAUCCACAUGUCAGGGGAUGUUGGCAUGUAGAGAAGUGGUGUAGAGCAGGGGUGGGAGACAGAAGGUAGUACAGGGAUGAAGAGGAGUGAGAGGAUGAUUGUAAGAGGUGAGGAGAGAGGAUGAU